AUGAACGAAGAAAUUAGGACCAUAUUAAAAAAAAUAUUGGAAAUGCAACUUGAUUGUACUUAAAUGCUUACAACAAUCCUCUUUAAAAAUGAUGAUUCUUAUAAAGAUGAAGAAUUAAAUACAGCUAAAAUAUUGUUAGAAGAACAAAAGAAUUAAAUUGAAUUAGGUGAUAAAAAAUAAAAGAAAAAACAUAUUAAUCAUGAUAAAUCUGGAGAAGUAGUAAAUUAAAUAAUUUCUGAUCAUCAUUAAAAUGUAAUUAUAGAUAAUAAUACUCAAUUAAAAUUAACUCCCUAAGAGGGUUAUUAAAAACUCAAUCAUAUUAUUUAAGAAUUUAGAUAGAGAAAUAAAUUAACAAUAAAACCUUAAAGUUGUGAUUUUGAAUACAUUAAGAAUUAUCAUAGUAAAAAUAAGUUUAAGGAACUAAGAAAUAUGAUAAAAUCUGUAGUAAAUAGAAUUGAAAAUAAGAAAAUGGUAAUCUCAAAAGCAAAUGGAUAAAAAGUUAUUUAAUGUCCUUCAUGUGAUUUUUAAGGGUUUUCUGGAGUUUAUUUUCCUCAUAUUUUAAAGAAGCAUUGUUAGAAUUAUUAUAUCUUCAGUUGUUUCUUAUGUUUUAGAGAUUUUUAAUCAUAUAUCUUAUUAAAAAAACAUCUGAAAAGAUAUCAUAAAUAAGUUUUGAAUAAUAGUUCUGAUAUAGAAAUAAUUAAGAUUCAAUAUGAUGAUAAUGAUAAUGAUUUAAGUAUUAAUAUUUGA